CUUAGAAGUUAGAUGGAAGAAGGAUUGAAAAUGAAAAAAAAAUAGAGAAAGGAGAAAGAACGGGAUGAGGGAUUAGGGAAUGAACGAAAGAGAGAGAGCGAAAUGAGUAAAAGAUUAAAGUGAAGUGGUAAAAAAAAGGUAUAUAUAUAUAUAUAUAUUGUGUACAACUUGUGUACACUAUGUGUACCAUAAGCAAAAUCGAUGGGGAAUAUGGCUUUGAUUCCGUCAAAAUUGAAACAAAAACUUUCAGAUUUGCAAGGAGUGAUGGAGACUUGAUCCUAUUUGAAAUUAAAAGGUCUCUCCUGCAUAAACUUCAACUCAAAUUUGAGCUUGUCCCACAAAUAAUCAGGUUCAUCUCCCAGCUUGGAAAUACACUGAUCAGAGAAAACUUACUGAAAAAAGAAGAUUUGGAGAUAUCACGAUAUCUGUAAUGUUUAACAGACGAGGCAACUAUGUUGAAAUGGCGAAACGUAAAGGGAGCUCUCACAAUCAGAUACCAAUGGGAUCCAAUAAUUCGAGCCUAUUUAAAUUUCUUAAUAUCUUUUCUGAUUAUGUAGGGCUCUCACAAUCAGUGCAGGAUGACUCAAUAAUUCUUCAACGCAAGAGUUUGUUACAAACGGGAGACCCAACAUCCAUAUCUAAACUGAUAUUUAAUUAUCAAAUCCAGGCAGUAGGCACCGAGAAUCAUUCAGACGACUCAUUAUUCACAGAUGAUUUUUUGGGACAUGCAACUGAAAGUGAUCGUCGUCCUCCGAUCUCAUACCCAGAAGAAAUUAGAAAGUCCAAAUUCAAUACCGCCAUUUGCCGGAAAGCCAACUUCAUUACCUCAGAAAAUUGCUUGUCGACUGAAAACUUGAACACACAACUAAAAAUUUACAAGAAAUCGCAAAAAACAAGAGGCGUCAUAGUAUGACAACAAGGUCUCAAUCUAGAGAUUUCCCAUGGGGCUAGCUCUUUUAUGUUGCUUGGGCUCUUUAAUGUUGUUUAUUCUCUUUUUUCUUUUUUUGUACUCCAUUUGCUUUUACCUUUUUUUUGCACUGUACUGCUUUUCCAUUGAUCAAUAAAAAAUAUAUCUCUA